GCAGACGCCAGCGGCCAGACGGAUGUAGGAAGCGCCACAGCGCUAGUUGAUCACGGAACGCCGCGCCAAAUACGCCCGUCUAACACAAAAUAAAAAGAAAACGAAUUCGAAAUUCAAAUAUUUUAUUUUUAUAAAGUGCCAGUGAGUUAAUAACAGACGUUAUUUUGUGAAUAAAAAUAAUUAUUAGUAUUGUUUAUAUAAAACAAUCAUACAAUUCAAGGUGAACUUUGUAAUGAUGGUGCAAAAAAUGAAAACGCAUGUGUCGAAUUUACCCGAUGUUUACUAUUUUAUGAAUUGAUAUAAACACGAUAACGAACAUUCUGGUCGUACGUUUUGACUAAAAAUAAACGUACAAACUACAAUGCAUCAAUUUGAUAUAAUUAAACCGUAUGUAAAUAGAUCAGUGACCGAAUGAGUGAACACUGGGAACGAAUGGAUACUCAAAUGAACACUUGUACAAACAUUAGGACGUGUUUAUAUUUUUAAAUACUUACAUUAGUUGUUGUUCCAAGUUUAAAAUCGUGAUUUCGUGAAAUAGUGAAUUCUUUUUAAAUAUUUCAAAUGACCAGCAAAUAAAAUGGUUUAUUAGAAGUGUCUUAUUUUUUCGUGGAAAUCAUCGACCUAAAUACCAAAGUUAUUUUCAAAAACCGCUUCGUUCGUGUAAUAUAAAUGAGAAGCAAAGCCAUGCCGUUGCCGUUGAUGCGAAGAUGCUGCGUGUGCCUCUCCCUGGAGUCUGGGUGUAUCAUAUUAUGCGUGUUGUCCACUUUGGCAUGCUUAGCGAACAUAAUAGCGGGGGCGUGGAACCUACCGCGCCACAGGGAGCGAGAGCCGGAAGACAAUCUCAUCUCCAUGAGCAUGGUGAUGUUCUCAUCGCUGUCCGCCAUAUGCAACGUUGUGGCGCUGGUUGGCAUCUGUCUCAAGCGGUCCAGCAAACUGCAGUUAUCCAUAGUGUUUAACUCGAUGUUCAUCCUGUGUAUCUUCGUAGUGGCUAUCGUGUCUUGCGUCUUCAGGAUGGAAGAGUUCCUCAAAGUGCCGGGGAACAUCGCCUUAGUUAUUCUUGCUUUGGUGGCUGGUGCGCUGUACUCCCUGUAUUACUUGACGAUGAUCAACAGCUUCUACAGGAUUAUGAAGAUGACGUACGGAGAGAGCGCUAUACCUAUUUGAAAUGCUGUAUUUAUUGUGGUUUUACGAUGUAUGGUAAAACCUAUGUAUUGAUUAAACAGAUUUUGAUAAAGAUUUGCGUAGAGUAGAGCAAGAUAAAGAUCGCAAGGUGAUGGACAUUUUUAAGACCGUUUUGUCCCAACCAGCCAAUACAGGUAUUUUUAGUUCGUUGUUAAAGGGCUAUUCUUGGUCCCGGGCAUUGAUUCAAUUUUUAAAACAGAAUUUUUAUAAAAUCUAAUUCAUACAUUCAUUAUGGUAUUUUUACUAUGCAGGUCACUACUUUGUUAAUAUUAUGCUGAAAAUUUAUAAGUCAAUUGCAUCGGUAAAAAAAAAUAUGUAAAAAAAAUAUACUGCCAGUGUUCUUUCUGUUUCUUGCUUAUAUCGAUCAAAAAGAUAUGAAUAGACUGAGUUCUAAAUUAUUUAUAAACAUAUUAAUCAAAUAUUGGUGUGUUGCUUUUGUGAAGUGAAACAUGCAUUGUAUACAAUGUUGCCAAUAAAAAUUAAGUUAUAUUUA